AACCCUCCUACUACAUCUUAUUAACCAUGAAGACUUCUGUUAUCCUCGCUGCCCUCUCCCUGGCCAGCGCCACCCCCAUCGCCUCUUCUUCUGCCGUCUUCGAGGUCUCCAUCACCUUCAACGGCGUCAAUGGAGCCUCAUUCUCCCAGAACUUUCCCGCCGACGACUCCCUCGUGGCGAUCACCAACCCGUUGAACGUGAGCAGCAUCGCCUCGGUUGGAGGCGGCUUCUGCACCUUUACGGGCGUGGAUGGCUCCUCGGUCGUCCUGGACGGGGAGCAGACGGUUUCUGUCUCGCCGCCGCAGCCGCAGAAAUGGGGGUCUUGCCAGACUGCUUAA